AUGGAUGACGAAUGCAAUUCACUGGAAAAAUCGAUUCUGACCGUCCAAUCUGCUUCAAAGAUUAUGAGUGAGAAACGAGUUAACACAAACCCGGGUGAUAAACAUGACCCCCCUCGAAAACGAGUCAAAAUGAGAGAUCUUGAAUCCCUUGUUCAUUCCGCAGAGAAGGCAAUUGGGAAAGAAAACAUUGUUCAAUCGUCGUUUGACAAUGUUGAGAUGUCACAAACCACUAAGGUGCCUUUGACAGUGGAUAUGGAUGUCUCGAAAGAAGAGCAAGAUGGAAGGAUUGUAUUGGGUAGCCCGAGGCUUUUGGAUCUUAACAAUGAAGUUUGUGGUACUAAAUAUUCUUCUUUGUGUUCGGAUAAAGUUGGUGGGUUUGGUGAGAAGCUCGGUAAGGAUAAGGAAUUGUUGUCUGAGAAGCUCGAGAAACAGGAAAGAGAACAGCGGGGUAAUAUUGUGAACACGAAAGGAGUUAAUCUGGAUCUCAAUGCGGAAGAUGAUACUAGCUCCGUGAAUGUGGAACGGGUGAGUGUUCUGAAAGAACAUGGUCAUGUUAAGUCAAAGGAUUUGUCUCAGAGUGAGAGCAGUACUGGACCUCCGAAGGAAAAAGAUCCAAUGAAGAUAUGGACAGAGAUGAAACGAAACGGUUUUAUUUCAUCUGCUCAUGGAGGCAUUCCGGUGCCGAAGAAACGCGGGAGGAAAAGUAAGAAUGAAAUUCUUGAGCAAAAAAUGGAGCUUGCCAAGAGAGAACAAAUCAACAGGUUUACAAAAAUUGCAGCUCCAAGUGGACUACUGAAUGAUUUAAACCCUGGGAUUAUUAAUCAUGUAAGAAAUAGGAAACAGGUCCAUUCAAUUAUUGAGGCUCUUGUAACUGAAAAACAUGAAAAUAGAAGCAAGCAAGAAGCUCAUCGAAUGAGUGGAGGUAUAGACAUGACCAAGAGAGACCUAGAAUGUGUGAACGAAGAUGGGACCUUUCAUGGCUCUGCAGGUGGUAGACAAGCACGGAAGAGUCAUGUGACAAAGAAUGAUUCCUCGUGGAUUUUGGAGGAUAAAUGUUGUGAUCGUGACACAUACAAUGUAGAGAAAGCUGGCCUUAAAGACUGUGUAUCAAAUGCAAAUCAUGUCACAGACGAUGAUAUUUUAUCGCUGAAAUUGUCAUCUUCAAUGAAGGCAUCAAUGAGUUCCACCAGUUUGUCAAAUGAAGAAUCAUCAACUGUUACUGCAGUUUCAUCACUUUCUCUAAAAGCUGCUACUGUUGCUUCUCAAUGGUUGGAGCUUCUACAUCAAGACAUCAAAGGGCGUCUUUCGACUUUGCGUCGCAGUCGGAGGAGAGUUCGAUCUGUUAUCACUACUGAGUUACCUUUCCUUAUGUCGAAGGAAUUCACAGAUAACCAAAGUUAUGAUCCUUGUGGUAUGAACAUUCCUGCAGGACUCCCGACUAGUAAAAUAGCAGAGUUGCAUCAGGCAAGAUGGACUGCUUUGUUUGAUCAUAUGGAUGAAGCACUUUCAGAAGAGGAAAAACAACUCGAAAGUUGGUUGAAUCAAAUAAAAGACAAGCAAUUGCUAUGUGAUCAGGGCCUGCAACAUGUAAACUGGAGCAAGGCUUAUGGUUUACAACAGUCGACAACUUCAGAAAAUCACUCCAGAUCAUCACAAUUAGACAAUUCAGAGAAAGAGUUGGCUGUUAAUGCAGCAGCAGCUUCCAUAUACUCAACAUGCAAUUUUCUACUGUCAGAGUUAAGUUGCAUUUGA